CGCUGGGCUGGACAUCCAAUCCCGAGAAGUCCUUGGAAAGCGUGAGGCUGUCUCCUAGGCAACGUUCUCUGACCGCCCGGGAGAAGCCCCCGGGCUGCUAAAUGCCAAAUGAUGGAAGAACGUGCCAACCUGAUGAAUAUGAUGAAGCUGAGUAUUAAAGUCUUAAUCCAGUCAGCCCUGAGCCUAGGUAGAAGCUUGGAUGCAGACUACGCCCCUUUGCAACAGUUCUUUGUGGUGAUGGAGCACUGUCUCAAACAUGGCCUGAAAGUUAAGAAGAGUUUUAUUGGCCAAAAUAAGUCUUUCUUUGGUCCCCUGGAAUUGGUGGAGAAACUUUGUCCGGAAGCAUCAGAUAUAGCUACUAGUGUUAAAAAUCUGCCAGAGUUAAAGACGGCAGUAGGAAGAGGAAGGGCUUGGCUUUACCUUGCACUCAUGCAAAAGAAAUUGGCAGAUUAUCUGAAAGUGCUUAUAGAUAAUAAGCAUCUCUUAAGUGAGUUCUACGAACCUGAGGCAUUGAUGAUGGAAGAAGAAGGAACAGUAAUUGUAGGUCUGCUGGUGGGACUCAAUGUUCUUGAUGCCAACCUCUGCUUAAAAGGAGAAGAUUUGGACUCUCAGGUUGGAGUGAUCGAUUUUUCCUUAUAUCUUAAGGAUGUACAGGAUAUUGAUGGUGACAGAGAACAUGAAAGAAUUACUGAUGUCCUUGAUCAAAAGAAUUAUGUCGAAGAACUUAACAGACACUUAAGCUGCACUGUUGGGGAUCUCCAGGCCAAGAUAGAUUGUCUAGAAAAGACCAAUUCAAAACUUCAAGAAGAGCUUUCAGCAGCUACAGAUCGGAUUGAUUCACUUCAAGAAGAACAGCGACAGUUAAAAGAACAAAAUGAAUUAAUCCGGGAAAGAAGUGAAAAGAGUGUAGAGGUGACAAAACAGGAUACAAAGGUAGAGCUUGAGACUUACAAACAAACUCGACAAGGCCUGGAUGAAAUGUAUAGUGAUGUGUGGAAACAGCUGAAAGAGGAAAAGAGAGUCAGAAUGGAACUAGAGAAAGAACUGGAGCUGCAAAUUGGAAUGAAAACAGAAAUGGAGAUUGCAAUGAAACUGCUAGAAAAGGAUACCCAUGAGAAACAAGACACAUUAGUUGCUCUUCGCCAACAACUGGAAGAAGUCAAAGCAAUUAACUUGCAGAUGUUUCAUAAGGCUCAGAAUGCAGAGAGCUGUUUACAACAGAAGAAUGAAGCAAUCAUAUCUUAUGAAGGAAAAACCAGUCAAGUAAUGUCUGCCAUGAAAGAAAUGGAAGAGAGAUUACAGCACUCUGAAAAGGCCAGGCAGAGUGCUGAAGAGAGAAACAACAAACUGAAGCAAGAAUUUGGUGGCAAAGUUGAAACCCUGCAACAGCAACUGUCCCAGUUGGACAAACAAUGCUCAAGUCUCGAGAGAGAGCUGAAGUCAGAAAAAGAGCAAAGGCAAGCUCUUCAGAAAGAGUUGCAACAAGAGAAAGAUACCGCCUCUCUGCUCAAAACUGAGUUGCACCAGGUAGAAGGGUUGAAAAAGGAACUUCAAAAACUAUAUGAGAAGAAAGAAGAAUUACAAAAGAUUUGCGAAGAACAGGAACAAGCGCUGCAGGAAAUGGGAUUGCACCUUAGCCAAUCAAAGCUGAAGAUGGAAGAUAUAAAAGAGGUCAAUAAGGCACUAAAGGGUCACACCUGGCUAAAAGAUGAUGAAGCAACAUACUGCAAACAGUGUGAGAAAGAGUUCUCCAUCUCCCGGAGGAAGCAUCACUGUCGAAACUGUGGACACAUUUUUUGUAACACAUGUUCAAGCAAUGAACUCGCACUGCCAUCCUACCCAAGGCCUGUACGUGUGUGUGAUGCCUGCCACACCCUCCUCCUUCAGAGAUAUUCAUCCAGUUCUUCGUAGGGGUCAUGAAUGCUAAAAAGGCUGUAAGUUAGCUGCAGAGCAAAUGAGUUCCUGCCUCCGAACAAGCUUGGGAAUGUGAAUUUUGCAGUUAUUUCUGAUUAUUAUAAAGAAACAUUCCUGGCAGUUUUAACUGUUAGUCAUUCAGGAAAAGGGCAAAGGAAGGCCUUAGAACAGUAACCAGAUCCUGUUUGUCCUUACUCUUAAUGCAGUCUGUAUGUCACUAAUUUACAGGGGGGUUUUGUGAGAGCAAAGAAGAGAAAAAGGUUCAUAAACAAUACUUUAUAUACUUUAA